AUGAGUACAACAAUAUCAAAUCCAGUUUCCCUUCAUUUGAGGGCAGAGACCAGACCAUAUGAAAAAAGAGCAGCAUUGACUCCAACCACUACUAAAAUCUUGCUUGAUGCUGGAUUCAAAGUAUAUGUUGAAGAAUCAUCUCAAUCAAUUUUCUCAACUAAGGAGUAUAGAGAUGUUGGAGCCACUAUUGUACCUGAAGGGUCUUGGAAAUCUGCACCAAGAAAUAGAAUUAUAAUUGGGUUAAAGGAACUCCCCGAAGAUGAAACUUUUCCAUUGGUACAUGAACACAUUCAAUUUGCUCAUUGUUAUAAAAACCAAGGAGGUUGGCAAGAUGUUCUUUCUAGGUUCCCAGCUGGGAAUGGGACCUUAUAUGAUAUUGAGUUCUUGCAAAAUGACCAGGGCAGAAGAGUUGCGGCCUUUGGGUUCUAUGCCGGGUUUGCUGGUGCUGCAACUAGUGUAAGAGACUGGGCAUUUAAGCAAACUCAUAGUGAUGAACUUUCACUUCCUGCCAUUUCAUCAUUUCCAAAUGAAGAUUCCUUGAUUACACAGAUCAAAACUGAAGUCAAAUCUGCCCUUUCCAAGAAUGGUGGAGAAUAUCCUACUUGUCUUGUAAUUGGAGCUCUUGGUAGAUGUGGCUCAGGAGCAGUUUCUCUUUUCCAAAAAGUUGGAAUUCCUGAAAAUAAAAUCAUUCGUUGGGAUAUGAAGGAAACAGCUCGUGGUGGUCCAUUUGAAGAAAUUAUUCAAUCCAACAUUUUUGUGAAUUGUAUUUAUCUUUCUCAGCCAAUCCCAUCCUUUAUUACUAGGGAGACUUUGAAUGAUCCAAAUAGAAAAUUACAGACUAUUGUUGAUGUUUCCGCUGAUACAACCAACCCACACAACCCAAUCCCAGUGUAUGACACAAUCACCACUUUCCAAGAACCAACCAUUGAAGUCAAAACCACUGCUGGUCCAAAACUUUCAAUUUGUUCCAUUGAUAACUUCCCUUCCAUGUUACCAAGAGAGGCUUCAGAAUUUUUCUCUAAAGAUUUACUUCCAUCUUUAUUAGAAUUACCUCAAAGAGACCAGUCUCCUGUCUGGACAAGAGCUCGUGAAUUAUACAAGAAGCAUGUUUCUAGAUUAUCUAAAGCUAAGUUAUAA